CCCCACUUGCCUUGCGCACUCCGCGCUACAGAAGACACAGCUCACAGGUCCAACACCAUCUUCUGUCUGUGGACGGCUGCUGGUUUCCUUAUUGAGGACGCGUAGGAACUUGCUCUACAUAAAAAUCAUGGCCAAGACUCGGGCGUGGUUUGAAGGCGAGCUUCGGCGCAUGCUUGGCUUUGAUGAGGUAGAAGAGAUCGCGAGGUUUGCGCUGGACAGCUUCCCGGUGUCCCAGCCCGUUGAGCUCAGGCAGUACCUUGAGCAGUUCCUUGGCCAGUCGAGGGGCGGGAAAUCGCUGCUGACCGCCGAAGGUGGCAACAACAACAACAACAACAACAACAACAGCAACAAUAACAACAGGGGCAAGGGCAGAGGCAAGGUGUACCAGAAGGCCGCGGUAGAGGAAGACUUUUGGGGCGGAGGAACUACGUCCGGGCGCGUGAAGCCGGCCUCGGCGCCUUCCGCAGCUGCUCCAGGUGGCAGAAAGAACGGCACCGGCAAGCGGGGAACGGCCCCUGCCGCCGCUGCAGUAGUUGCAGCACGGGCGCCAGCGGCAGCAGCGCCGGCUGCGGCCGCAGCGAACGCUCGCAGGGCAGGAGGGGCAACCGGGACCGCAACCAAAGGCGAUGUUGGCGGCGGCCGAGUGUCGUCGAAGCAACCUCUUGCUUCUUCCCCGACCGCGGCAGCAUCAGGAGCAGCUGCGACCAAGCCUGGCGGCGGCGGCGGCGGCGCGAAAGUCAAGGCCGCCGCCGCCGCCGGCGGUGGGGCGAAAACCACUGCGCUGCCGGAAACUCUGCCGGCGCCAGCGCCGGUCCCGGAGUGGUCCGGCGUGACGUGCCUGUGCAUGGGGAAGACACACGAUGUAGUGACGAACUGCACGGACUGCGGCAAGAUCGCCUGUGUGAAGGAGGGCGGCUUCGGGUGCUCCUUCUGUGGCUGCCGGCUGCCAACCACCGGCCGCGAGCCUCGCAGCGCCACUAGCGGCGGCGUGGACGGGGCCGCCGGCGCGGCGGCGCCACACUCGGCGGCGUUGAAGGAGGCGCUGGAGAGGAAGGACAGGCUCCUUCUGUUUGACCGGACGUCGGCCUCGCGCACGCGCGUUCUCGACGACCAGGGGGACUACUUCACAAGCCACAACUGGCUGUCCCAACGGGAGCGGGAGAAGGGCGAGGCCGAAGAAAAGGCGCGCAGGGAUGACGCGGCCAGCCGCCGCGGAGCGAGGCGCCAGGUUAAGAUGUCCAUCGACAUCAUGGGUCGGAGGGUGAUCGAGACGCAUCCAGGGGAGGACGGCGGCCUGGCUGAUGGCGGCGGUGGGGAGGGCGAGGCGGAUGAAGAUGCAUCCAGGAAGACCCAAGGAGUCUCGCUGGACUUUGGCUCUUCCUCAGCUGGGGGAGGCGGUGCUGCUGGCACCAGCGCUGGCGCUGCUGCCGCCGGGAGCACCGCCGAAGAGGCGGACACGCCCGGCGCUGGUAACGGCAACCAGCGGCUCUCGCUCGAAAACACCGGGCUUCGUGGCCGUGCCAAGGAAGUGUACGAUGUCAUGCGAGCGAACCUGGACAAGAAAAGCCGUCGCCAACGGCCGGGCGGGGCCGGCGGCAAAGCGGUCGCAGGUAGCAGAAUCGUCGGCGCUGUACCGGAAGCGUCCCGCGUCAAUCUUUGGCGUGUCCAGCACGACGUCGAUUCGGAUGACCUGUUGCGGCAGAGCCAAGCAAGCGGGGGCGGCGGCGGUGGUGGCGCCGGCGACGGCGGCGGGUUCGGAAAGUUCGAGCCAGCAGAUGAGCUGGCGUAUGCAAGAUGACGAAGUGUACGGAAAGACUAGCGUUGGUCGCGUUUUCAGCUGCAGCGUCGUGUGUCUCUUGUUGUUAGGGUCGACUGUGCGUACUGAUCCACGAAUAAAAGAUGAAACAAGCUAGUCUCCCUCACUGGCGGGGCAAAGAACAUUAGGCCGCCUUCCAACUCGCCCGUGCGUGUCCCGAUGUUGGUUGUCCUCAGCGUCUUCGGGUUGGCACCUUCUCGGCAUGUAGGGUUGAGUACGGCGUUGAUUUUCUCGGGUGUUUUCGACGUCCGCUGGAAAAUAAGGGGAGGCUCUCUCGAAGAUAUCUACAUGCGAAGCAGCGGU